UAUGUCUCCUCUGCUCAGAAUCUGAGGUAAAAGAUGCUUUCCUCUCUCUCGACCCAUCCUGGCUGCUCACAGAGACUCUGCUAGAAGAAACAGAGUGAAGUGUCCCCAGGUGAGACUCCAUCCUCGAUGAGGCUCUUGACUCUGUCCGCUGCCCUCCUCUGGCUCCAGGGCCUUUUGGCAGAGGAAGAUGUGUGUCCAUCUCUGGAAGGGAGCCCAGACAGGGAGGGUGGAGGCUCACUCCUGAGUGUGAACAUCAGCAGCCAAGGAGGACCUACCAGCCUGUUUCUGAGCUGGCUAGCUGCAGAGCCAGGUGGAUUCGACUAUGCCCUCUGCCUCAGGAGCUUGAACACCUCAGGCACUCCACAAGGGCAAGAGUUCCGGGCUCACACAAAUGAGUCCAGCUUUGAGUUCCGCGGCCUGGUGCCAGGGAGUCGCUACCAGCUGGAACUGACUGUUCUAAGACCCUGUUGGCAGAAUGUCACGGUUAACCUCACUGCCCAGACUGCCCCGUCAGCGGUCCGUGGACUGCAACUGCAUAGCUCUGGGAGCCCAGCCAGCCUGGAAGCCUCAUGGAGUGACGCCCAUGGGGAACAAGACAGCUACCAACUUCUCCUCUACCACCUGGAAUCCCAAGCUCUGGCAUGUAACGUCUCUGUGUCCCCCGGCAUCCUGUCUUACAAUUUUGGCAACCUCUUGCCAGGUAGUCAGUAUGUCUUGCAGGUUAUCACCUGGGCUGGCAGUCUCCAAGCGAAGACCAGCAUCCACCAAUGGACAGAGCCUGUGACUCCAGAUCGCCUAGUACUACGUGCCUUGGAUACCAGCAGCCUGCAAGCCUCCUGGAACAGCUCUGAAGGGGCUGCCUGGUUUCACCUGAUGCUCAUAGACCUUCUAGAGGGCACCAACCUGACUGUAGUUCUCAGACGAGGGGCCUCAAACCACACCUUCCUCCGCCUGUCUCCAGGCACACCUUAUAAACUGAAGCUCUGUGCUGCUGCUGGGCCCCAUCAGGUUGUGGGGCCCAAUGCCACCGAGUGGACCUAUCCCUCCUCCCCAUCUGGCCUGGUGCUGACUCCUUUGCGUAACGAGCUCUGGGCAAGCUGGAAGGCAGGGCUGGGAGCCCGGGACAGCUACGUACUGAAGUUAAGUGGGCCAGUGGAGGAUACUACCAUCCUGGGCCCUGAAGAAUGCAAUGCUGUAUUCCCAGGGCCCCUGCCUCCUGGCCAGUACACUUUGGAGCUGAAGGUUAUAGCUGGACCUUAUGAUGCCUGGGUGCAGGCCAGUUCCUGGCUGGGUGAAUCUGCUGCUCUUCCCAGGGACGGUCCUGGUGCUAGACUAUGGCUAGACGGACUGGAAGCUACUAAGCAGCCUGGGAGGCGGGCACUGCUCUAUACUGAUGGUGCCCUAGGCCUCCUCGGAAACAUUUCUGUGCCCUCUGGUGCUACUCAUGUCACUUUCUGUGGCUUGGUACCCGGAGCCUACUACCGGGUGGACAUUGCCUCAUCCAUGGGAGACAUCACUCAGAGCCUCACAGGCUACACAAGUCCCCUGCCACCGCAGACACUGGAGGUCAUCCACAGGAGCAGCCCAUCUGACCUGACUAUUGUUUGGACUCAGGCACCAGGGCAACUUGAAGGUUAUAAGGUCACCUGGCAUCAGGAUGGCAGCCAGGGGUCACCUGGAGGCCUUGUUGACUUGGGCCCUGACAUAUCCAGGCUGACUCUGAAGUCUCUGGUACCUGGCUCCUGCUACACUUUGUCAGCAUGGGCCUGGGCUGGGACGCACAGCUCUACCGCCCGGAAGAUCCACAGCUGCACACGCCCCGCUCCUCCCACCAACCUGACUCUGGGCUUUGCCAGGCAGCCUGCAGCACUGAGGGCUUCCUGGAGCCACCCACCAGGUGGCAGGGAUGGCUUUCAGUUCCGGCUAUACAGGCUGAGGCCCCUGGCACUGGAGAGAGAGGAGGUCCUACCCCGGGAGGCCCAGAACUUCUCCUGGGCCCAGCUGGCUGCAGGCUCUGAGUUCCAGGUACAGCUGUCUACCCUGUGGGGGUCGGAAGAAAGCAGCAGUGCCAAUGCCACAGGCUGGACACCCCCCUCAGCUCCCACAUUAAUAAACGUGACUAAUGAAGCUCCUACCCAGCUCCGAGUAUCGUGGGUCCAUGCUCCUGGGGGCCGGGACCGUUACCAAGUGUCCCUAUACCUGGAGGGUACCCGGGAAGCCACCAGCAUCAUGGGACCCGAGGCAGACAAUGCAAGCUUUUCAGGCUUGACUCCUGGCACUAAGUACGAGGUGGAAGUCAUCUCCUGGGCUGGGCCUCUUUACGCCACAGCGGCCAGGGUUUCUGCCUGGACACACCCACUCAUACCCAAUGAGUUGCUCGUGUCAAUGCAGGCAGGCAGUGCUGUGGUUAACCUGGCCUGGCCCAGCGGUCCCUUGGGGAAGGGGACAUGCCAUGCCCAACUCUCAGAUGCUGGACACCUCUCAAGGGAGCAACCCCUGUCAGUAGGCCAAGCUCACCUCGUGUUAAAAGAUCUGACACCAGGGCAUACCAUCUUGAUGACUGUGAAGUGUCGGGCGGGGCCGCUCCAGGCCUCCACUCAUCCCGUGGUGCUGCCUGUGGAGCCUGGCCCUGUGGAAGAUGUGCUGUGCCAGCCUGAGGCCACCCACCUGACCCUGAACUGGACGAUGCCUGCUGGAGAUGUGGGUGCAUGUCUGGUGGUGGUAGAGCAGCUGGUGGUAGGAGGGAGUGCUCGGUUUGUCUUCCAGGUCAACACCUCGGAGGAUGCUCUCCUGCUGCCCGGCUUGAUGCCCGCCACUUCUUACCGCCUCAGCCUCACUGUGCUGGGAAGGAAUAGGCUGUGGAGCCGGGCAGUCACCCUGGUGUGCACUACUUCCGCCGAGGUUUGGCACCCCCCAGAGCUAGCUGAGGCCCCCAAGCUGGAGCUGGGGACAGGGAUGGGUGUGACGGUCACACGUGGCAUGUUUGGGAAAGAUGACGGGCAGAUCCAGUGGUAUGGCGUAGUCGCCACCAUCAACAUGUCAUUGGCCCGGCCUUCCCAGGAAGCCAUUAACCACACAUGGUAUGACCAUUACUACAGAGGACAUGACUCGUACCUGGCUGUCCUGUUCCCAAACCCCUUCUACCCAGGGCCUUGGACUGUGCCAAGAUCCUGGACGGUGCCCAUGGGUACAGAGGACUGUGGCCACACCCAGGAGAUAUGCAAUGGGCAUCUCAAGCCAGGUUUCCAGUAUAGGUUCAGUAUCGCAGCCUUUGGUAGGCUCAGCCUUCCGGAAACCAUCGUCUCCUUCUCGGCCUUCUCAGAGCCCCAGGCCAGCGCCUCACUGGUGGCAGUGCCCCUGACAGUUAUGGUGGGGACUGCGGCCGGCUGCCUCCUCAUUGUGUGUGCGGUGCUCUGCUUGCUGUGCUGGUGGCGCCUGAAGGGACCAAGGCCAGAGAAGGACGGCUUUUCCCAUGAGAUGAUGCCUUACAACCUGAGGCGGACCCAUCGGCCCAUCCCUGUCCAUAGCUUCCGGCAGAGCUAUGAGGCCAAGAGUGCACAUGCACACCAGGCUUUCUUUCAGGAAUUUGAGGAGCUGAAGGAGGUGGGCAGAGAGCAGCCCAGACUAGAGGCUGAGCAUCCUGCCAACACCACCAAGAACCGGUACCCACACGUGCUGCCCUAUGACCACUCCAGGGUCAGGCUGACCCAGCUGGCAGGGGAACCUCAUUCUGACUACAUCAAUGCCAACUUCAUCCCGGGCUACAGCCACCCACAGGAGUUCAUUGCUACCCAGGGGCCUCUCAAAAAGACGCUAGAAGACUUCUGGAGGCUGGUGUGGGAGCAGCAAGUCCACGUCAUCAUCAUGCUGACUGUGGGCAUGGAGAACGGGCGGGUGCUAUGUGAGCACUACUGGCCAGCCAGCUUCACACCUGUCACCCAUGGCCACAUCACCAUCCACCUCCUGGCUGAGGAGUCCGAGGACGAGUGGACCAAGAGGGAUUUCCAGCUGCAGCAUGGUGCCCAGCAAAGACAGCGGCGGGUGAAGCAGCUUCAGUUUACCACGUGGCCAGAUCACAGCGUCCCCGAGGCUCCUAGCUCCCUGCUUGCUUUUGUGAAACUGGUACGGGAGCAGGUGCAGGCCACUCAGGGCAAGGGACCCAUCUUGGUGCAUUGCAGUGCGGGCGUGGGCCGGACUGGCACUUUCGUGGCCCUCUUGAGGCUACUGCAACAACUAGAGGAAGAGCAGGCGGUUGACGUGUUUAACACUGUGUACAUGCUUCGGCUGCACCGGCCCCUCAUGAUCCAGACCCCGAGUCAGUACAUCUUCCUGCACAGCUGCCUGCUGAACAAGAUUCUGGAAGGCCCCUCUGACGCCUCAGACUCCGGCCCCAUCUCUGUGAUGAAUUUUGCACAAGCUUGUGCCAAAAGGGCAGCCAAUGCCAAUGCUGGUUUCUUGAAGGAGUACAAGCUCCUGAAGCAAGCCAUCAAGCAUGAGACUGGCUCUCUGCUGCCCCCUCCUGGCUACAAUCAGAACAGCAUUGUCUCGUGUGAUCACCCUCAGGUGCAGCUAACCCUGGUGGAGGAGAGCCCUGCUGAUAACAUGCUGGAAGCCUGGCUUUUCCCUGGUGGGCCGUCUGGUCGCGACCAUGUGGUGCUGACUGGCUCUGCCGGACCAAAGGAGCUCUGGGAACUGGUGUGGGAGCAUGGCGCCCGUGUGCUGGUUUCCCUGGGCCUGCCUGAUACCAAGGAGAAGCCGCAAGACAUCUGGCCAAUGGAGACGCAACCUGUUGUCACAGAUAGGGUGACGGUGCACAGAGUAGCCGAGAGCAACACAGCUGGCUGGCCUUGUACCCUCUUCAGAGUCAUACAUGGGGAGAGCGGAACUGAAAGGCAGGUUCAGCGCCUGCAGUUUCCAUGCUGGGAGUCUGGGUGUGAGCUCCCAGCAACCACCUUACUGCCUUUCCUGGAUGCUGUGGGCCAGUGCUGCUCCCAGGGCGAGAGCAAGAAGCCAGGGACCCUGCUCAGCCAUUCCAGCAAGGGCACACACCAGCUGGGCACAUUCUUGGCCAUGGAACAGCUGUUGCAACAAGCAGGGACUGAGUGCACCGUGGACGUCUUCAGUGUGGCCCUGAAGCAGUCGCAGGCCUGUGGCCUCAUGACCCCAACGCUGGAGCAGUAUAUCUACCUCUACAACUGUCUGAACAGUGCACUGCUAGAUGGGCUGCCCUGAAGUGUCCACAAAGAGCGGAGAGGGAUUGGUGAGAGCGUUUGGGGUAUAGAAGUAAGGGUGGAGGGUGUGUUGACUGCCUCUUAUGUCCGCAUGUCUCUGGUGCAGAUCACUGGGAGUCCAAAGGCUCCCAGCCUCGUCUAG